AUACAGGGCAGGGCAAAGGAGCAUACGGAGAAGAAGAAGAAGAAGAAGAAACCCAAGGAGGCUUCUGGAAAGGCAACGAUCAAAGGUACCGGCUUUGCUGACAAAAGGAAGGAUUAAACAAUGGCUACCAAGAUUCUUGCAAAUUUAAUUGUAAUGGGUACUGGGAUUUUGGCUAGGUCUCUUGUUCAAGCUUAUCGGCAAGCACUUGCAAAUGCGUCUAAGAGCGGAGUUGCUCAAGAAACAUUGCAAAACGCGGCCCGUCGUGUUAGCAAAUCAAUGACAGAGCAAGAGGCGAGGCAGAUUCUUGGCGUGACAGAUCAAACUCCAUGGGAAGAAGUAGUUAAGAAAUAUGAUAAUCUAUUCGAGAGGAACACCAAGAACGGAAGCUUUUAUCUGCAGUCAAAAGUUCAUAGGGCCAAGGAAUGCUUGGAACCAUUGUAUCAGCAGCAGCAGCCCAAAGACGAGACAUCAUCUCCAAGCUGAGUUUUCAACGACAUCCUCCUUCCUUUCUUUUUUGGCUUGCCAACCGUUGAAAUCCGAUUCAAGAUACAAAGGCAAGAAAGAUAUACAUGAGAUUAUUCAUGAGAUCACCUACCUGCUUGUAUUAUUAACAUAGAUAAAACUGUAAACAACUGAUAUGUUAGAUUUUAGGUGACCUUUGUUUGUCGAUGAUUCUUUUUCUUCUUUUUUACAUUUAAUGUUGCUCAAUGGUUAUCAGGUAGGUUCCUGUAACUUACAAAAGUUAUAACAUUUCAAGUUUGUUUAUUAUGGAAAAGAAGCCUAAUUC